AUGGACGACGUUACAAACCAACAGACUACUGGGUCUAUAAACCAGGUGAAGAAGUUAGGAUGGUUCCAGAACGUUGCCAAAAAUCCAUUCAUUUUUGGUGUAGCACUGUUCUCAACCCUUGGUGGCUUCCUCUUUGGCUAUGAUCAGGGUGUUGUUUCGGGGGUUCUUACUAUGGAAUCCUUUGGCGCAAAGUUCCCGCGCGUCUUCAGCGAUAGCGGGUUCAAAGGAUGGUUCGUUUCGACGCUACUUCUCGCUGCUUGGUUUGGAUCGUUGGUGAACGGGCCGCUUGCGGACUAUAUAGGCAGAAAGAUGUGUGUGAUGGCGGCUGUUGUCGUCUUCAUUAUUGGUUCUGCCAUUCAGGCCGGAGCAGUCGAUAUUCCAAUGCUAUUUAUUGGUCGUGCCGUUGCUGGUCUGGCUGUGGGCCAACUGACUAUGGUGGUGCCUCUUUACAUAUCUGAGGUCUCCCUGCCGGACAUUCGAGGAGGACUUGUUGUAUUACAGCAAUUAUCUAUAACUAUUGGUAUCUUAGUAAGCUACUGGCUUGACUAUGGAACGAACUACAUUGGAGGUACUAGAUGUGCCCCUGGGAUACCAUACACCGGUGGAACUGUUGAAAGGCCUGUUUUUGACCCUUACAAAGACGUUGGACCAAAUGGUUGCGACGGGCAAUCAGAUGCUUCUUGGCGAGUCCCCCUAGCCUUUCAGAUCCUUCCAGCCCUCAUUUUAGGAGCUGGAAUACUCUUCUUCCCAGACUCGCCACGAUGGCUGUUUAUGAAGGACCGUGAAGAAGAUGGACGCAAGUCACUUGCAACGUUACGACAGAAGCCCGCUGAUCAUCAUACAAUCGAGACCGAGUUUCUAGAAAUCAAAGCAUCGGUUAUCCUUGAGAAUACCUAUGCUAAGGAAAAAUUCGCAAACCUAUCUGGAGUUAAACUACAUGUUGCGCAAUACUUCUCGCUUCUCAGUACUUGGUCUAGGUUUAGGCGUCUUGCAAUCGGAUGUUCUAUAAUGUUCUUCCAGCAAUUCAUGGGCUGCAACGCAAUGAUUUACUAUGCUCCAACUGUUUUCAAACAGCUAGGUUUGGAUGGGAACACGGCCUCCCUCCUUGCUACCGGUGUAUACGGAAUAAUCAAUUGCAUUAGCACCCUCCCGGCUUUAUUCUGGAUAGACAGGUUAGGACGACGAAUGCUUCUAAUGUGUGGUGCAGUUGGAACUUUCAUUUCGCUUGUUAUUGUUGGAGGUAUUAUCGGUGCUUUUGGCUCCAAUUUUAAGGAACACGUCGCUGCUGGAUGGAUUGGAGUUGUUUUCAUUUAUAUUUACGAUGUCAACUUUUCUUAUUCAUUUGCCCCCAUUGGAUGGGUCCUACCAUCUGAGAUUUUCCACCUUUCAAUCAGAUCAAAGGCCAUUUCGAUCACUACUUCAACGACAUGGAUGUGCAAUUUCAUCAUCGGCUUGGUAACUCCUGGUAUGCUUGACAAAAUUGGCUGGGGAACGUAUAUAUUCUUCGCGGCUUUUUGUCUUAUUGCAUUCAUCUUUACCUUUCUGUAUGUUCCAGAAACGAGGGGAAAGAUAUUGGAGGAGAUGGACGUUGUCUUUGGCGAUACCGAAGCACACGAGGAACAGAAACGUAUCAUGCAUAUCGAAGCAAGCCUCCGCGGAACUGCCAUCGAUGAUCCAGGAUCUGUCAAUGGAAAGGCACUGGAAGAGUCUGUAUAG